AUGGUAGACCAGAAAUGGAAAUAUUUGCUUUCCAAAAUUUAAAAAAAAAAACGAUUUAUUACUAUCGCCUCACAUGCUUUGUCGGUCGCCUAUUGGUUUCUUAUUAUACUAUUUUUCGGAUAUGAAUAUUAUAUAUGCUACAUGAUUACAACAGCCAACACUAUUGAUUAUAUAUGCAUAUCUCUCUGUGUGUUUAUAUAUAUUUCUGUGUGUGUGUGUCAGCGUGCGGGCAAAAGAAAGGGAGAGCUAUGGCAACUUACUGUGUUACCGGAGCCACUGGUUUUAUAGGGUCUUGGUUGGUGAAGAGCCUCCUGGAGAAAGGCCACAUGGUUCAUGCCACAGUCCGUGAUCCUGCCAAGUGUUUGCACCUAUUAUCAUUGUGGACAAGCAUUGACCGGUUGAGAUUGCUCCGAGCGGAUUUGGGAGAAGAAGGAAGCUUCGACGAGGCUGUGAAGGGCUGCGACGGUGUAUUUCACGUUGCAGCAUCCAUGGAAUUCAGUGUUACUGUCAAAGAAAACAUUGAGAGUUAUGUUCGAUCAAAUAUCAUUGAGCCUGCGAUCAAAGGAACCUUAGACCUCCUCAAAUCCUGUGUGAAUUCCGGAACGGUGAAAAGGGUUGUACUCACCUCUUCCAUUAGUACUAUCACCGCCAAAGACGGAAACGGAAAUGCAAGAGUUGUUGUUGAUGAGUCUUGCCAAACUCCAGUUGAUCAAGUUCUAACUGCAAAAGCAAAUGGAUGGGUUUAUGUACUUUUGAAGAUUCUCACGGAGGAAGCAGCAUUCAAAUUUGCAAGUGAGAAAGGGAUUAAUCUUGUAUCAGUCAUAACAAGUACUGUUGGGGGGCCUUUUCUCACUUCCAAAGUUCCAUCAAGCAUUCAAGUUCUUCUUUCUCCAGUAACAGGUGACUCUGAACUCUAUGGCAUAUUAUCUGCUGUAAAUGCAAGGAUGGGAUCAAUUGCGUUAGUUCACAUUGAAGAUACAUGCAAUGCGCACAUGUUUUUAAUGGAGCAUGCCAAAGCUGAAGGUCGUUACGUAUGCGUUGCCCAAAGUUGUCCAAUAUCCAAGUUGCUUAACUAUCUAGCUCAGGCAUAUCCUUGCUCAAAUUCAAACAGGUACAGAGUUAUUGCGGAAGAAAAUGAUGUAGUACCUUCCGAGAUCUCUUCAAAGAAGCUAACUGAUUUGGGAUUCACUUACAAGCAUGGCAUUGAAGAUAUCGUUCACCAGACAGUUUCUUGUUGUUUAGGUUAUGGCUUUCUACCUCCCAUUUAGAGUCUAGAGUUUUUCUACGUUGCGGUUAACAACAUUUUUUCUUAAAUGAGGACAUGUUGUCGAUGUUGUUCAUAUUGUUGAUACGAUGAACUUACAGUUGUUAAUGUAUGGUCAUGUCAUGAUUAUUGGUACAUAGUGAUAUUUUUAUC